AUGGCCUCGUCAUCCUGGUUCAAACUGGGAAUGGCUUCGAAGUCGAGCUAUGGCCCUGGCGAUGACCCAUUGUUGCAACAGGCUGUCGGAAAAAGUCUGAUGAGAAUUCCAGAAGGGCAAACGGCUCAAACGCUAUGCAAAGAAUUUUUGAGCUGCUUGUACAAAUAUAUUAUGGGCACACUCCAAGACGUGUAUUCCCCAAUAUUCGAGUUGACUCCCAUUGAGUUUGUAUUUUCAACCCCGGCCGAAUGGGGAGAGGAAUACAAAAUGUGUCUGAGAAUGGCGGCCACGGAAGCAGGUUUCGGAUCUCGCAUAAACGACAAGAUUUCAAUGGUCGAUGAGCCAGAGGCAGCAGCUUUAUUCACCUUCGAAUUUUAUAAGGAGAAGGGAACCAAGUCAAUUUUUCAGGCAAACAAAAGAGUCAUGGUGGUGGAUAUGGGUGGUGGGACUGUUGAUUUGAUCACAUAUAAUGUUAAGUCCACAAGCCCCUUUAAAGUGUCGGAAGCUUGCCCCGGAACCAGCGCUAUGUGCGGAGGGACCACUAUUGAUAGAGAGCUCCAUCGCCUAUUAAAAGCAAAAUAUGGAAAUGCCUUUUCAUCAAUGUCAGCAAAGGAUAUCAGUCAGGGCAGCGUCUUCAUGAGAGAAUUCGAGGAUCUCAAAUGCCGGUUUGGUGGAGAGUCAAGCAGCCAUUCACUCUUUCUGCAAAUGGACAGGAAUAGCGGAGAUGGGUAUGAUGCGGGGAUGGGCCAGAUAACACUGACAGGCGCUGAAAUUUGUGGAAUGUUUAAUCGAGUACUUGAGCCGUCGAUUGAAAAAAUAAUGCAGCAAAUUGCGGCAUCGGAAAAGGGGAGCAGGCAUCCACUGCAGGCAAUUGUUCUGUGUGGAGGCUUGGGAAGCAACCCAUACAUCCUUGCCAAGUUGAAGGACUUCUGCGAAAAUGAGUUGAAGGGCAAAACGCAAGUAAUUAUACCAUCCGACUCAUGGUCGGCAAUUGCAACUGGGGCAGCAUUGUCACAAACAAGUCGAAGAUUUGCAAUACAAGACCGUAUAUGUCGUUGGAGUUACGGCAUCUUGCAGCAUCGGCAAUAUAUUCCUGGUCGUGACGAGGGUCGUGAAACAUUCAACUGCCCCCUCAAAGGAAGAAGAACAAGAGGCUUUCUUGAAUGGCACAUUAAAAAGGGCCAGCAGAUGCCAAGCGGAUUCAAAUGGAUAGAUGGCUAUAUCGCAUUAAACAGCAGGCGUCCAUUGGCUGGGGAACUCCAACUGUACAAAUGCAGAAAGGAAAUUCCGCCAAAAACACUCUGCGAUGAUACUGUUCUCCUAGGUACAAUACAACUUGAUUUCGCUGGCCGUGCCAAGAUGGUAAAGAGAAAAAUCAACAAUGAGGUACAUGUUCAAAUUGGGCAAGUGAUGAGAACCAAUACAGGAGAAGUUGAGUUUGUGGCAAGGAUUGGGAAUCGAGGCAAAAGCUUCGCGUGCGCUAAAUUUGAAUAUGAAGCAGAAGCAGUUGAGGAUUUGGAGAGCUCUGAACUCGUAAACGAGAAGUAUUGGAGCGAAGAGGGUAAAGAGCGGUCUUUCAAAGGAGGGAUUCAAGAGGAGGACGAAGAAGAAGAAGAUGAUGAUGAGCUUGAGAAUCUAGAAUGGUGA